UUCUCUCCUUUCUUCUGUUGCAUUUUUAAAUCUUUGUUUCUGUUUACUUAUGGCUUGUUUGACAGAGACAGACUGGUCUUUGUUCACUUUACUGGAUCAACACCAACUGGCCCUCAGGGAAACCUCAGCAAAACCCCAUGCUGCCAGCCUCAGUUGCGAAAUGUCUAGCUCUGAGGUACUGAGAGCAAUAGAAAAUGUUAUUGAAGAUGUUAUCAUGAGUUUGUCCAGAAAUAAAGCACCUAUCCUUAUCUUGAGAAACAGAUCUGACUGGGGAAAUAUACAGUUUAAAGAUGCUGUAGGUUUGCAGAUGGUACCUAAUUGUACCACACGAAAAAUAAGAAGUGACUGUCCUAAAUCAGCAACAAAGUUUGCUUUGUUUCUUAAAAUGUUAUCUAUAAUCUACAAGAUGGUUCAGACAAAUGUUUAUGCAACUAAAAGAGAUAUAUUUUACACCGAUACAGUAUGUUUUGGUAACCAGAGGGUUGUGGACAACAUUAUAAAUGACAUUUCCUGUAUGCUCAAGAUACCCAGGAGGACUCUACAUAUUCUCUCUACUAGCAAAGGGUGCAUUGCUGGUAAUCUUAGUUAUAUUGAGGAGGAUGGUACAAAAGUAAAUUGUACUUGCAGUACCACAGCACCUGUACCAUCUAAUGUAGAAGGAAUAAGAAAUUUGAUUACAGAUGCAAAAUUUAUUCUAAUUAUAGAAAAAGAUGCAACUUUUCAGAGAUUGUUAGAUGACAACUUCUGCACUAAAAUGUCUCCAAGCAUAAUAAUUACGGGAAAAGGUGUACCAGAUAUCAAUACAAGACUACUAGUCAGAAAAUUAUGGGAUACUUGUCGCAUACCUACCUUUGCUCUCAUGGAUGCUGACCCACACGGUAUCGAAAUAAUGAGUAUUUACAAAUAUGGUUCUGUGUCUAUGUCAUUUGAAGCCCAUCGCCUCACGGUUCCAGCUAUAAGAUGGCUUGGCCUCCUUCCAUCUGAUUUUUAUCGACUGAAUAUUCCCAAGUGCGUACUAAUUCCACUGACUAAACAAGAUCAGACUAAACUAGCCAGUUUACAGGCAAGACCUUAUAUUGCUCGUCAGCCAGCCUGGAAAAAAGAAUUAGAGAUUAUGGAAACAUCUAAAAUGAAGGCUGAAAUUCAGGCUUUGACUUCAUUUUCAACAGAUUAUCUUUCCAGAGUAUAUUUGCCAAAUAAGCUGCAAUUUGGUGGAUGGAUAUAAAUAUUCAGACAUCCUUUUAAAGUUUUUUUAAUGAAUAUUUUGAAAGAAUAGAAAUGAAAAAACAGUAAGUAAAACGAUACAGAACAUGUAAGAAAACAAAAGAUAAGAUACAGAUAAUUAUCCCCAAUGGACUUUAACUUAUUUCAGAGGUGUUGAGAGAGAUCUUUAAAAAGUUUCAGUCAUGUAAAAUACAUUUCUAUAUGAAUUAGUAUUUCACUUUAAUUUUCUGUUAGGAACAAUGAUUAUUUCCUAUCUAUAUUAUUUUUUCAUACGUUUUAUAAUAAAUAGCAUGUUUCAAAAAGAAAAAUACAGAAAA